CCUUUACAUAUCAAUAUUUCUUUUUCCCGGAAAAUUUCUUUGAAGUUUAAUUCUGCAUAAAAACAACAGCAACUAACGCCAACAAUAAUGGGGUUUCAAGCCAUGUCUUUUUCGACCGAUUCGCCGCUCGAAGUUCAUCGCUCUGUUGGGGUCACUACAUCUUCUUUCAACAAUUCUGCUUUUCUGUAUGAUCUUAACUUGCCCUUCAAGAAAAGAUUUAUGCCCCGACAAGAUUCUCUAAAAAGGACUAAACGAAUUCAUUCUGAUACAUUCCAAGAGGAAGAAAGUUAUUCCUGUCAAACGAUUGAAGACCUUUUUGAUGAAUUGAGAAAGAAGUUUGCUGGUGCAGAGGGGUUAGCAACAAAGAAAGCUAAAAAGAUAUGCUCACAUUCAGUUACCAAGUACUGUGCAGACAAGAAUCAGAAGAAAAACACGAAGAUACCAAAGAAAACGGAGUGUGAGACAGUGGUCGGCAAUGAGGUAAUAGAGAAGUUGAAACACUUCAUCACUGGUAAGAUGAAUGGUGUAGAUAUGCAGUUGGUGAUUCGGAAAAAGUUGUAUAAAAGUGAUCUGGAACGAGGGCUAAAUAGAUUAAGCAUGCCGGCUAAUCAAGUGGAGACUCAAGAAUUCUUGACUGAAGAUGAAAAGCGAAUUCUUGAGCAAGAAGAGGAUAUUGAGGUGCGAUUGGUGGGGCCAACGCUGAAAAUGUACAAGGAACCGUUGAAGUUGAAGAUGUGGACCAUGAAUCAGAGUUACAAUUAUGUCUUGAUCACCAAUUGGAAUCACUUUGUGGCUAAUCAUAAGGAGGUUUUAAGAGAAGGUACAAAGAUUCAAGUUUGGUCGUUUCGUAGAAAUCGGCAACUGUGCUUUGCCCUUGUAGUUGUGGGAUGAACCAGAUAAGAGUAACCAAGACUGCUUGAGGACUAACCUAGCACUCACUGAUGUAAUCCUGCAGAUUGUUAAUAGAUUAAUGGUACUCUCAUUAGAUGGAUAUUUUCAGUUGGUAUAUAUGAAUUUCAUUUCCAAACUUUGAUUCUCUUUUAUCGAGUGAAAAUUAAUUGAGUAGAAUUUGAUCA